UUAUGGCCUCAUUGAAGGGGAGUUGUGUCAUUCUGUGGAUGUUUGGCGUUUCAUUGUGUUGGAGGUGGAAUAUAGUGGACGGGCAGAUUGCUUACGUUGUUUUGGAGGAGGCGAGCCCAGAAGCAGAAAUCGGAAAUCUAGCAAAGGAUUUAAAUCUAAAUGUGCAAGACCUUGGACAUCGAGGAUUUGAAAUCGUUCCGGGACCAAAUAAGAGGUAUUUUGGUGUUAACUUAAAAACGGGGAUUUUGCACGUUAAAGAAAGAAUAGACCGCGAGGAGCUCUGCAACCGAGACGCAAAAUGUUCACUGGAAUUAGAAGCGAUCGUUAACUCGCCAUUAAAUAUGUAUCGCUUUGAAGUGAACGUCCUAGAUAUUAACGAUAAUACGCCAACGUUUCCGAUGUCUAAAACAGGACUGAAUAUUUCAGAAUUAUCAUUACCAGGGGAGAGGUUUCUAUUACCAAGUGCGUUUGAUGCAGACGUGGGCAGUCACGCAGUAAAGAGUUACAAGCUAAACCAGAAUGAACACUUUUCUCUAGAUGUCCAGAGCAAUGGAGAGCAAAGUGUGUCUGCUGAAUUAGUUCUACAGAAAGCUUUAGACCGAGAGAAACAGCCUGUGAUUCAUCUCACACUGACUGCUGUAGAUGGAGGAAAGCCUCCCAGAUCCGGCACUUUGCAGAUAGUCAUAUGUGUUGAGGAUGUAAAUGAUAAUGUUCCAGUCUUUAGUAAGGCUCUAUACAAAGCCCGUGUCACUGAAAACUCUCCACGUGGUACAUCCGUAAUUUCGGUUCAUGCUACAGAUAUAGAUGAGGGCAAAAACGGCGAGGUCGUUUAUUCUUUUGCCAGUCAAAAUAACGAUAAGCAUGUUCAAGCAUAUUUGAUUGACCCAGAAACUGGGUUGAUUACAGUGCAGGGUGUUGUCGAUUUUGAGACACAAAAUGCAGUUGAAAUUCGUGUUCAGGCUAAAGAUAAAGGACAUAAACCACGAGCAGCAUUAUGUAAAGUGUUAGUGGAAAUCGUUGACAUUAACGAUAAUGUUCCAGAGAUCUCCGUUAAUUCUUUGGUUAACAUGAUUAAAGAGGAUGCUAUCGCUGGUACAAUGGUUGGCCUCAUAACAUUAAAAGAUAGCGAUGCUGGUAAAAAUGGUGCUGUAAAUCUAAAAAUUCCCAAUUCUGUACCAUUUAAAAUACAGCACACUUACAAAAAUAAAUAUUCUAUUGUAGUCGAUGGCCCACUUGAUAGGGAGAGCGAGUCUCAAUAUAACAUAACCCUCACAGCUACUGAUGAAGGAACUCCACCUCUCUCCAGCACCACUGUCAUUACUGUACAUAUUUCUGAUGUAAAUGACAACGCGCCACGUUUUCAAGACACCGUAAUUAAUGUGUACUUGAGAGAGAACAGUCAGGUUGGGGCUGUUAUUUAUACAGUAUCUGCUUUUGAUCCUGAUGUUGGUGAUAAUGCCAGAAUAUCAUAUACAUUACUAGAAAACUCUAAAAUCGGUUAUGUUACAGCCAUGGUAAACAUAAACUCCGAUAGUGGAGAUAUUCACAGUUUGCAGUCAUUUAAUUAUGAAGAAUUAAAAACAUUUCGGUUUACAGUUCAGGCCACAGACUCUGGUGUUCCUCCACUGAGCAAUAACGUGACUGUGAAUGUUUUUAUCCUGGACGAGAAUGACAACAGUCCCGGUAUUCUCGCUCCUUAUUCUGAUCAUGGAUCUGUUCACUCUGAGAACAUUCCCUAUUCCGCUGAAGCGGGCUACUUUGUGGCCAAGAUCAGAGCUGUAGACUCAGAUUCUGGAUAUAACGCACUGCUUUCUUAUCACAUCUCUGAACCUAAAGGAAACAACCUCUUCUGGAUUGGAACCAGCAGUGGAGAGAUCAGGACUAAGAGGAGAAUGAGUGACAAUGACCUGAAAACUCACCCUCUGGUCAUUUUGGUUUCUGAUAACGGAGAACCCUCUCUGUCAGCCACUGUGUCUAUUGAUGUUGUGGUUGUUGAGAGCACAGGUGACAUAAAAACUCAGUUUAAACAUACACGGACAAAGGAGGACAGUUUCUCGGAUAUAAACAUGUAUUUGCUGAUCGCCAUUGUGUCAGUUUCAGUGAUAUUUUUACUGAGUCUGAUCAGUUUAAUAGCUGUAAAAUGCUGCAGGACAGACAGCAGUUUCAGCAGAUACAGUGCCCCAGUGAUCACCACACAUCCUGAUGGAAGCUGGUCUUACUCCAAAUCUACACAACAGUAUGAUGUGUGUUUUAGUUCUGAUACACUGAAAAGUGAUGUAGUGGUUUUCCCUGCAUCAUUUCCACCUGCAGAUGCUGAACUGAUCAGUAUAAAUGAAGGAGACACUUUUAGCAGAACAAAGAGUCUUCCUAGCAAAGAAAAGGUAAGAAUUAUGAGAACAUUACUGUUAGCGCAGUAAAC